UGUUCUACUUUCUAUACAUAUAGCCUAGUUAAGAAAACUGCAAUAUCAUUCAAAGAGUGUAAAAUGAAGUGUAAGUACUUUAGAGUAUUAUUAGUGACGUUCAUUGUUAUGGCUCAUAAUUUUCAGAUAUCUAUCGAAUGUGAAGAGGAAGAAAGAUUGGGUUUGUUAGGUAUAAAGAGCUUCUUUUUAUCAAAUGAUAACACCUUCAAGAACUACAAUAACCCUUUUGAUUCUUGGGUUGGAGCUAAUUGUUGCAACUGGGAUCGAGUUAAAUGCAAUAACGAUGAUGAUCUCACUUCUACUGCCCAUGUGAUUGAGCUUUUUCUCUAUGACUUGUUGAGUUAUGAUCCUAAUAACAAUAGUCCAACUUCUUUGUUGAAUGCUUCUCUAUUUCAAGAUUUGAAGCAAUUGAAAACUCUUGAUUUGUCUUAUAAUGGUUUCUCUCGUUUCACUGCAAAUCAAGGGCUCAAUAAACUAGAGACUUUAAAUCUUACUCGGAAUUAUUUUGAUAAUCAAAUCAUUCCAUCUUUGAGUGGGGUUCCGUCGAUGAACAAGUUGGUGCUUGAAGCAAAUCUAUUAAAAGGCUCUAUCACUUUACUUGGUUUGGAACACUUAACAGAAUUGCAUAUAGGUGUCAAUCAACUCAAUGAGAUGCUACAAUUGCAAGGUUUAGAAAACUUGAGGGUGCUGGAUCUAAGCUACAAUAGAUUGAAUAUGGUCCCUGAAAUGCGAGGUUUAAAAAAGCUAAGAGUGUUGGAUCUAAGUGGUAACCAUUUGAAUGGAACAAUACAAGGAUUGGAUGGAUUUUCAAGUUUGAAUAAAUUGGAGAUUUUACAUCUUCAAGAUAAUAAUUUCAACAAUAGUAUCUUUUCAUCGUUGAAAGGACUUAUAUCAUUAAAGAUUUUGAGUCUCGAUGGUAACGAGGAUCUGGGUGGCAUUAUUCCUACCGAAGAUAUUGCAAAAUUAAGGAGCUUGGAAAUUUUGGAUCUUUCUAACCAUAAUUAUUAUGAUGGAGUCAUACCUUUGCAAGGCACGUAAAAUAGUAUAUGGUUAUGAAAAAAAAUAAUGAUUUAAGUUUCAAGUAGUGCUAAUAGUGUUGUGUAUAUGUAUUUUUUUGUUGUGAUCACGGACCAGAUUUGAAGAACUUGAAAGUAUUGAAUCUAUCACACAAUCAAUUCAAUGGUUCGUUACCAAUACAUGGAUUUUGUGAAGCAAACAACCUAAUUGAGUUGAAGCUAAGAAAUAAUCAAAUCAAAGGCGAAUUAUCAGAAUGUGUUGGAAACUUCACCAAACUUAAAGUUGUUGAUAUCUCAUAUAAUGAAUUUAGUGGAAAAAUUCCGACCACCAUUUCAAAGCUCACA